AUGACCAGCAAUGGCGUAGCCGACUCCAACCCCACAUCAUCCCCGCGCAUUUCCUAUUUCGACGGAGAAAUCCCUCCUAUCCUGUCACCCCUCGAUGCAUUUGCCUUACAAGGACGGCUGUUAGCCAAACAGCUCGAUGAUUCUAAUAAAGGAGACAAGCGAAUGAGUCGCUUACCGCCCGCAAGCGUUGCCAGUUCCCUAUCCCAGCCAAGACCUGGCUAUUUCAGGAUACCCUCCGCGAGUGAGUCGACUAACACGGUGCCUGUCAGUCCUGGGGCAUGGAGGCAUGGUCCCAAUGGAGAAGUGGAAGAGGCUUCCUUCAGGCCAAAAUCUCAGCAUCCCCUGCUUGGGAGGAUAUCAGUGCAGGAUCUUGCUUCCUAUCCAGAUAGUAGUGAUGGCAACCACAAACCCUCAGAAGACGCUCCAGUUGUUCCAGCAAUGCCGCCCAGUGUGUUUGGCUUGCCUCGAGCAGAAUCACCGGAUGAGGCAUCGUUGUUUCAUUUAGAUGCAGAAGAUGAAUCACGGAAUCAAAGAAAACCCUCAAAUACCGCUGUUGGUGUUUCAGCAGCAACACAUGGGGAGCCAAACGGCAGCCCCCAAUUGAAACGGAAUGCCUCGAACACCCUCGCACCUCCCGCUUCCUCCUCUUUGCGGCAUUCAGGAAGCCCCGGGAUGCCUCAACACGAGAGUUCCGAUGACGAUUAUUUCACGAGUUCAACCAUGGGAUCAACCUUCUCGAAGCCCAGGAAACUCUCCUCAAGCAGUGCCAUGUCAACGCCUCAUUCGCCAAUGUCUCACUUUACUCGACCUGGUCCCCGAUCACCUUCCCCAGGUUCAGAAAAUUCCACCACGCCCAAUCCACUGCCACGCCCAUCCUUAAACUUCUCACGCCCCUUAAGCAGAUCCAGUACGAGUGUUUCUAUAUCUUCCCCUUCCCUCCAUUCGCCUGAACAGCGCGAAGAAUCUCAACCGCGGGCCAUGAACAGGGACAACCGGCCUUCUCCAAUUACGUUGCCGAAAUCGCCUGAUUCAACUGAAGACGAAUCUCUAGGCUCUUCUAAUCCAACGACUUACAUCUACGCCAAAUAUUCGCUCCCCCGGGGAAGAUCUGUUUCACGGAAUAGCCUCGGGCUCAGUGGGCUUCAAACUCCACAUAUCGAGUGGAAUGAGCCGCUUUUCGAAAGUUCUUCACCUCCAAGUGCUUCUGGGAAGGAAACAUUCGAGCAAGCACCCUUAUCGCCUCUUGCGACCUACACACAUCCUCCUUCCUCACCAUCGCCGCUAAAACAGGAAACGCCCUUGAAACCAGCGACACCACCAGAACCCGAACUCCCAUCUAAACCCUUGCGUGUGCCUAAAACUAGGUCCCCACCGCGUAAGAGCCCGGGCAAACUUGUCAAGCGAACUGACUGGACUCCUCCGAAGCGACAUAAAUCCUUUGACCACGUAGCUCGAGAGACUGUGCCGCCGGCCCCGUCCAACUCACAUAGCAAGCUUCCUACCAGCACACCCAAAUCCGACGAGCAGGGUGAAGCCAAAUCCACAUCCACAGAGUCCAACACCACACUCCGACCUGAUACAAGCCGUGAUGGAGUUCCUCCGCCAACAACCGCUCUCUCCGCUGAAGACCAUGUCACAAAGGGUAUCCAGUGCCACGAAAACGGCUCCCUGAACGAAUCCACCUACCACCUCCGCAUCGCAGCGAUGCAAAACCACCCAACAGGAAUGCUCUUAUAUGCCCUUGCCUGCCGCCACGGCUGGGGCAUGCGUCCCAACCCGCGAGAAGGCGUACAGUGGCUCCGCAAAGCCGUCGACUGCGCUGCGCUGGAACGCUCGAACUCGGGGGCUGAGCCUUGCGGGAGAAAUAUUGAGGAGAAGACUCGCCGGGCGCAGUUCGCGCUUAGCAUUUAUGAGCUUGGUGUUAGCCAUUUGAAUGGGUGGGGGAUUGAGCAGGAUAAGCCGCUUGCGUUGCGGUGUUUUGAGAUUGCGGGACGGUGGGGUGAUGUGGAUGCGCUUGCUGAGGCGGGGUUUUGUUAUGUUGAGGGGGUGGGGUGUAAGAAGGAUUUGAAGAAGGCGGCGAAGUAUUAUCGGAUGGCGGAGAGCAAGGGGAUGAGCAUGGUCGGGAAUAGUUGGAUAUACAAACCCAAGUACAUGUCGGAUGAUGACAGCCUGCCACCUGCACCAAGCCUCUACUCUGCGACGGGCCAGGAGAAAAAGCCCCACAACAAAUCGCGCAGCCGGAGCAUUUUCGGGCAUAAGACAUCCAGUGCUGCACGUAGCGUGCAUAAUGACUCUUGA